AUGAUCAACCCAGAAACCAUCUCCAAUGUUGCAAUCUUUGAAAUGCUUUAUCAAAUGUGGUACAAGGAAACUCCCACUGCGGUUUCCAAGUUCAAGAAAUCCAAUCUUCCACCCACAUGGAAUGCCCUUUUCACCAUCCUGUUCAAAUCAUUUUCUGAAAGAGUCACUGGCAAUGACUGUGCAAGCAAACUUUUCAUAGGUCUGAUGUAUGGCCUUUACACAGGUCUAAAUGUUGACUAUGGUUCUAUCCUCUGGGCUCAACUUAUCCAGAGUACUCACUCUGUUGCUCGUCACAGUGAGAUCUCAUGUGCGAGAUGUUGGACCAUCAUCGUCAACAAGGCAAUCAAGCAGCUCAAGAUUCCGGUAAUGUCUGAUGCAUUAAUUUCUUCUAUUGCAACCCUCCAUACAAAUAACAUCAUUGUGGCUAAUCGAUCAAAGUUUUCCUUCAUUGUCUCGAUUCCAGAUGUUAUGUUUCGUGAUGUUCCUCCCUCGAGUAAAAUUCUGGAGGGUUAUCGUGCUCUUACUCCUUCAGGUCCUCAUCCAUUGUUUGACGAAUUUCAAUUUAUUUUGGCUGAGGCAGAUAAAGCCAAGAAAGGGGGCAGAGGGUCAAAGAAAAAAAAUAAGAAAGUCACUACGAAAGAAGGAGCUUCUGAGGCUGAAAAAUCUCCCUCUAAGAAGCGAAAGGCUCCUGCUACUUCAACUGUUGCACCAAAAAGAAGGAAGCAACCUGCUAGAAAGCGAAAGUCUCCGACUUCUUCUCCAUCUCACAGUGAAGGUGAAGAUUCUGACUCCGAAACUGAGUCCAACAUUUGUAUUGAGCAAGAUCCAAUAGUUCACAAUAAAGAGGAUGAGCCCAUUCACACGGAAGAACACGAACCAAUUCGCAUUGAGGAAGUAGAAUAG